AUGUGGACUGUGUUACCAAUUAUAAUGCUUGAGCAGGUUGUGAUGGUGGCUUGGGCAAUUUGGGAAGCUCGAAACGGGAGGGUAUGGCAGCAGCGAGUGUCGGAACCAGGAACUAUAGUGAGGCUUGCGUUGCUGUAUGAGGAAAAUUGGAAGGCGAAUAGAGAGGAGGGCGACAACAUUCAUACCCCUGUAGCUGAUUUCCAGAUUGAAUAUUCUGCUCUCCAAAAUUCUGGUGAUGUCAGAAUUAAUAUAGAUAUUGCUAUGGAUUAUGCUGCGCACAGAAUGGGUUUUGGGUGGAGUGUGACCGAUGGGGAUGAUACGGAGGCCGAGGCAAUGGGAGCUCGGGAAGCUUUAAGCUGGAUAAAAGGAAAGGGUUGGCCGAGGGUCGUGCUGGAGACGGAUGCAAAACUGGUGACACAAGCGCUUACUGGGGGUGCCAAUAUCUCUCCGUUUGGUUCUAUUAUUGAAGAUGUUCGUGAGCUGCUGGAUCAAUUGCCUAUGGUCACGUUUCGCCAUGUGCACCGUAGUAAAAAUAUGCUGGCUCAUUCUUUAGCAAAAAGAGCUCUUACUUGUUUAGGGGAUGAUAGAAUUGAGAUGUUUGAUUUUAUCCCUCGCUCUGUUGGUAAACACUUAUGUAACAGCUCUUGA